AUGACGCUUGAAGCAUCUAAGAAGAGGAAGAUAGAUAAAGAAAACUUACAAUGUGGGUACUUUUUGGAAAGGAAGAAGAGGAAUUGUCGUAUGCAGCGUAAGGCUGAUAGUAAGUUCUGUAGUGAGCAUAUGAUUCUCUCCGUCGCUGAGAAUGAGAACAAGGACGAGGAUAGGAACGGGCUCGAACAGCAGGAAAACAACGUCAGGAUACCGUGUCCAAAUGAUGAUAGGCAUACAAUAUGGGCCAAGGAUUUGGAGAAGCAUCUUAAGAAGUGUAAAGGUAUAACCAAAACGGCAGAGCCAUGGUUUGCAGAAGAUAUCAACCUGAAGCUUCGCAGCACUUCUAUUCAAGUUGAACUUGGAGAUGAGCUGGGAAUUGCGAUCUUCCCGUCAGAUAAAGAGUUGUACACUACCUAUAUUCCCAUACUAAAACUGUUGUCAUACCCGGAGCUACGCUUGAUAAAGUGCAACCAUCCAGGAUUGGACAACCGGAUGAAGGAGGUGCAGAUCAAGAAGCAUGCCAUCCAGCAGUCAUCGCUCAUCGGCUAUCUCAAAACUUCGAAAUUGUUAAACUCGAGAUUGCAUUAUUAUUUGGAGUUUGGCUGUGGAAAGGCAGAGUUGUCGAGAUUCGUGAACUUAUCCAUAUUGGAAGACUUGAAGAAAGAGAGCGCUGACAUUGCUCCGAGCGAUACGAUAGCUAAGCAAGUCUCGUACGGUUUUGGUCUUAUAGACCGUGGAGUAAAUAGAAUGAAAAUGGACCCAAAGAUUAUAAAGGACUACACAGAAAUGGAAUUCGGUGAACAGUCGAAACCAGAGAUCCACAGAACAAGAAUUGAUAUAAAAGACCUUGAUCUUGAUAGGUUUAUGGAACAGUUUAAGCAUGCAAAGGAGCAAGAGAAGAAAGUUGUGUGCAUAUCCAAGCACUUGUGUGGGGUGGCCACUGAUCUCACGCUCAAGUGUAUGCUAAACUCAAGCAUCUUAGACGAGCAUGGCGCUUCGGACUUCAAGUUCCAAGGCUUGCUUGUGGCGAUGUGCUGCAGACAUGUGUGUUCGUAUGAUCAAUUGCUCCCACAGUCUAGAACAUACCUAGCUUCCAAGGGCUUCGCUGACAAAACGUCCUUCCUGAUUUUGAAGAAGAUGGCUUCGUGGGCGGUCAAUGGCAGAAUGGAAGGCAUGACGGACUCCGAGGGUACAGAGCAUCCGAGUGGCUUGACUAUUCUCGAAAGGGAAAGUUUAGGUCAGUUGGCCAGAAGACUAAUAGACGAAUGCAGGUUGUACGCUAUCAGAAAGCUCUUAGAUCAAUCCAAGUACGAGGCAAGCAUUCACUGGUAUGUAGAUAGGGAAAUAACUUUGGAGAACGUGUGCCUCAGCAUAAAGAGAAGGUAG